AUCAAAAUUUCUGACUAGUAAUUUACAAGUAAAUGCAUGCCUUUUACAUAUUUUGUAUAUUUUUUAUCAGUAAGAUGAAGAAUUUUUCUACUGAACCAGAAGAUACAAACCGUGAAUUUUGAAACCCGAUUUAAAAAUUUUUAAAGCGCACGUUAAGCGCGGAAUAAUGUGGCCAGAGCGCAUUAAAUCAGCUGUUGCAGCGCCAACAGGUGGCCCACAGCUGAUAAAAACUGUAGAGUUCGCGACUACUGAUGAGCGGGCGGUCAAAAAAUGCAACAUAUACAGCGAAUGCGCCAGCUGCUGUUCGCUGGGGGUAGGAGGAACUGGAACUGGCGAAACCUACACAACCAACGGGAUGCGACCACCCGAAAGACUUCGCCUCCACUGGUACGCCUGACACUCCUGGCCGUGGGGACCGGAGCCAUCGCCUAUGAUGGAAUCGCCAAUGAUUUCACCUAUUGCGGCGCAUCGGUUCGAUUUGUGCGCUGCUUGAAAACAGCCGCACUUAUUCUCGUCGACUACAAACAGCUAAAAGACACCGAUGAGGACUACGACACCCAGCUGAAGGCUACCCACCAAAAAAGUGCCGAAAGACUGCUAGAGACGUGCCUCCUAAACGGUGGUUUGUACAUCAAGGUUGGCCAGGGUUUUGCGGCCAUUAAUCACAUCCUGCCGGAUGAGUACACGAAGACGCUCUCUCGGCUGCAGGACAAGUGCCUGCCGACAUCACAAAAGGACGUUCAGAAGGUGUUUCUCUCUGAAUUUGGCCAGCUGCCCGAAGAGAUCUAUGAGGAAUUCGACUACAAGGCAAUUGCUGCUGCCAGUCUGGCCCAGGUUUUUAAAGCAAAACUGCCUGGAGGUGAGCAAGUGGCCGUAAAGGUGCAAUACAACGACUUGCAAAAGCGCUUCAUUAGCGACAUCGGCACCAUCGUCUUUCUGCAGGACAUUGUAGAAUUCGUCUUUAAAAAUUACAACUUUGGAUGGAUACUCACUGACGUGCGAAAGAAUUUGGUGCAAGAGCUAAACUUCGAGCAGGAGGGCCGAAAUGCUGAGCGCUGCGCCGCUGAUAUGAAAAAAUUCGACUAUGUUCAUGUUCCUAAAGUUCACUGGUCACAUACCAAGACGCGCGUGCUUACCUUGGAGUGGAUGGACGGAUGCAAAGUGACGGACCAGAAGACCAUAAAAAGUUGGAAACUUGAUCUCUAUGAUGUGGAUGUGAAGCUUUUUAAUGCCUUUGCGGAACAAAUCUUCUACACAGGAUUCGUGCACGCCGAUCCGCAUCCUGGAAACAUUUUUGUCCGUCGAAGCAAGAGAAACGGACGUGCGGAAAUUAUCCUGCUUGACCAUGGCCUUUAUGAGGAGCUGCCGGUGAAUGUACGUGUCCCGCUGUGUGAAUUCUGGGAGGCUACCGUGCUGCGAGAUGAAGCCAAAAUGCAGGCCGCAGCCAAUAAAAUUGGAAUCGCUGACUACAUGCGUUUCGCCGAAGUUCUUUUCCAGCAACCGAUUCGCAUUCGAGGUGGCCGUGUUCGAAGCAAACUAUCCGAGGAGGACAUUAUACAUAUGAAGGAAAUAGCUAGGAAAAAUUUUGAACUUAUCAUGGACACUUUGAAAGAAAUGCCGAGAAGCAUGUUAUUUGUCGUCCGCAACCUAAAUACCGUACGUGGGAUCAGUCGUCAGCAUGGUGAUGUGGUGGACCGUCCACGUGUGAUGGCCCGAUAUGCCCAGAAGUGCCUCUACAAGCAUAGUGACAAAUCGGCGCUGCAGUACGUCCGUUGGUUGGGUCGACGCGUCUAUUUUGAGUAUUGCUUGUUUUUGUCGGCCUUUAAGUUGCAACUGAUCGACUGGUAUUUUAAUGUACUGUAUUUGGUUGGAAGGGCUCCGGCAUCGGCAAGGACCGUAAUGCGAGAAAUGCUGGCCCCACCAAUGGACGAUAUUCAAGGGGCAUGAGUCAGGGCAGCAAAAUGUUGUUUACAAUCCAAAUUAUAUGUUUCCAGUCCUUGUUUUUUGUAGGAUUUUAGAAACGGUGUAUUAGCCAAUCAAUCAAAUAGUCAAAACACGAUUUUUGUAAGCUUUUUUAAUUAAGAAAUGUUAAUUUAUAUUAGAGGAGUAGUAUCUAUUAGGCUUUGGCAAUUUGACUAUUAUGGUGUAUGUAAUAUAAUAGAAUUGUAAAUGUGUAUAAAUAUGGAAUUAAAAUUGUAGUAAUAGAAAAUCAAA